AUGUCUUCACGAUUGGGUAUGUGUCUGGCCAGCACAAAUCCUUUUAUGAUGACAUUGACGUGGCUUAUCGCCGUCGUCAGGUUUGAUUCCAGAAGCAGCACCCCGCCACUCCCGUCGCAUCACAAGCCCAUGGUGGUUUCAGCUACCAGCAAAGUACACACCACGCCACUCAGGUCGCUUCGCCCUUCCGAAACGAAAGUCGCACAGGCGAAUGACCAGCGUGCACUGCACAGAUCCCGUUCCUGGCCUCACCGCUUGAGGCUGUCCCAGAGUUGGACAACGAGGAAGAGAGACCAUUGCUUACGUUUUCCCUCCCUAGGGUUUUGCACGACCACAUCUACAACUACGCUCAGCACCGACCGACCUCGCACCCUUAGACCACGAGCAUCAAGCCUUCUCCCCUGGUCCGAACCCGGGGACGCGCAUCAUGGUGGAGGUGCGGGAUAUGGAUGGGGUGUCGUCGCUUGGUUGUUUGUGUUCCCCUCGUCUGUGAGUACGCAUUCGCCUGACAAGGCGCUCCUGACCUCGGUGACGAUGGACGACGUCUCUUCGCAUCUGGUCAAGGCGGCCUGGUGGGUGUUUUUUUACCACUCGUCUCUACCCGCGACACGUCAAGCCUGCAUUGCCUGGCUCAAAAAGCACGUUCGCAAUGCCUACUCACUCGAAACGAGCAGACGAGCAGAUGCCGUGGAAUGA